AAUACCCACUUUCUGUUUAAUAUUCGCAGGGAAUUCCCAAUAUUCGUGAGCGUCUAAACAUAAUAAAAACUUGACAAAAUCACUGUGUUGUGUUAUUCUCAAUAUGGCCGGUAGAAAGGAAACGCAUUGGAAACCUAAGGCGAUAUUUCUACUCCCAAACACCUAUAUCAGUAUUUCAUAUCCAAAUAAGGAAACUCAGAAUGACUUGGAACACAAAGGAUAUGGAAGUUGCAAUAUUAAAGAAGGCUUGGAUCGAUCUUGGACGAUAGAUCAACUCGCUGAGGAGCUGAUAGCCCAUUAUCCUCAACAUAAGGCUGAGCUAGCAAAGACUGGAAUCGAGUUCGCCAAGCUUCAGAGAUAUUCCAAGGUGAUCAUUGCCCAUGUCCUUGUGAAGGGAAGCACCGUCGCUGACCUUGAGAAACAACAUGGCCAAGGAAUCUUGGUUAUUCUUCAAAAGGCUAGUGUUGCGCCAUCACAAAAGGUGCCGAAAGAAAUGAAGGGUGCCGUAAAGGUCAAGGAGGAGGUGACGUCCCCGAAGAAGUCCUCUAACCAAAGACAUAAAAAAAUCGAACCAACAUCUCGUGAGUUUGUUGACCAGGUCCAGCGCGAGCUGGAUAUCUUGUCACAGCUAGGAGGUAUAAAAAUAGCUCACCUAAACUGCCAGUCUCUUUGUAACAAGAAAGAUGAGCUGAAACUCCUUCUGCAAUGCCGGGCAACAGUUGAUGUGAUGACCUUGAGCGAAACCUGGCUAGGUGAAAACGACGCAAAAGAAAGUUUCAAGGUUCCUGGAUACACAAUUAUUUCAAGGAGAGAUGGGGCUCCUAAGUUUACCGGUAGGCCACGCGGUGGUGUUUUGAUAUAUGUGAAAGACAGUCUUUCAAGUUUGGUCGGAGAGUGUGACACCAAGAUGGAGGAGGGAUUAGAUGCAUGCUGCAUCGAUAUCCAGCUUGGCGGGAGUAAUGAUGUAAAGAAAGGAUCAGACCAAAUCAACAUGUGCUUGAAGAAGACUUUACUGAGAAUAAUAGAUGUCUAUGUGCCACCAGGAACGAGGGAUCAGGUUUCCCUCUUUAAAAAGCUGCAAAGAAGUUUGAAUAAAUUGAAGGCAACAGAUAGUUGCAAGCUGACAUCUUCUAAAGCUAACAAGAAGUAUCCUUGUUGCUGUAAAACAAAUUAUGUGAUACUAGGGGAUUUCAACUGCGAUAGAAAAACUCUUUCGUCAUGCAAAGUGAUGGAAUCUGUGAAGGGGGAGAAACUCCAAGCACUUGAUGAACUUGAGAAAAACCAUCAUUUUUCACAGCUGAUCAAAGAUUCUACACGGGUCGAUUUGAGGAAGACGAAAGGUCAGAACACAUAUCAGACGACAGAAUCUUUGAUUGAUUUUGUCUUCACGGAUAAUCCAGUUGCUGUCUCAUUUUCGGGAGUGGCUCAUAUUGCCAUGAGUGAUCACUAUAUGGUUUACUGCGCUUAUGAACCUGCUAAGAAAUAUCUCCACAAGUCAACACCGUUGCUGACAUUUGAGGAGUUUUCUCAAUUUUCCAAGGGUGAUAUCGACGAAGAAGUAUAUGGAAUGAUUUGUGCCCGUGACCUUGCCAAGAAAAGGGGUGAUUGGGAUGAGUACGAUAGGUUAAAAGAUGCCAUCAAAGUAGCAAAGAAUGAAAACAAAAAAGAACGGAAGCAACAAGAAAAGGCUUUAAAGUUGAAAUGACUCAUGUAUUACCUGUUACGAUACUGCAACAAAUAACAAUGAAAUAUUUUUGAAUUCGAUUUCCUUUUCUUUGAUUACAGGAAAUAUGACGAUUAUGAAGUAACAAAACAUGAAUAAAUAUUGAUCUUACAUGUACAUCUCUUGAGGUGACAGAUGUGAAAUAUAUCCGAGUAAUAAUCCAAGGUGUUUAGCUAAGAUUCUGUAAAUUAAAGUUCACAAUGAUGGCGAUGAUGAAACUGAUGUUGAAGCAUGAUGAAUUGUCACUGUAACGAGUUGAAAUGUCCGCGAAGACGAUGUUGAUGAUGAUUAACAGUCAAUUUCAGCAAUCCAUGGAUUGAAAAGAGUUAUUAAACAAGUUGAUGAUCUCGAUGAGAACUGAGAAUUCCUCUCUCAAAAUAACUGCAAACGGUUCAUUGAUGGCGGGCAAAUAAUGCCACAGAAGAUAAAUAUUCGAAUAUUCCAGGUGGAGAUAAACUCUGUUCUGACAUAAAGUCUGGCGUGAAACUCUGAGUUCUGAUCUGAUGUGAUCUGAUAUGAUGAUGUCCUUGCUUAUAUACAGAUUAUUUACUAUUCUAAAGGCUUCAAGUAUUGUCUACAAAAAGAAUAUUCUCCUUUCUGGAGCAAUCAUAAUUGUAAAACAUUCUUGAAUGACCUGAGUGAAAUGAACAUGUCAACAACAUAGCUAAUCCUAUUGUUCAUUUCCACUACCACUGGAAUGCUAUUGUUCUUUUCCACUGCCUGAGGAAUCUUUUGUGUAUCUGUCUAUUGUUAAGCAGUCUGUCCAAAAAUAACAAACAUCCUUGGCCUUUGGAUAGGCGAGAGGCCUGCAUAACAAAAGCUUUUACAAAGACUUUCUAGAAUGUUCUUUAUCAUUCUAUGCUAUAAAUAUCCUUCAAAAAAUUAAUAACUAAAUAAAUGAAUGUAACUGGUCUUACAAUUAUACUUAUAUAUAACAAACCAAAAACAUGAAGUGAAAUGACCGGUUGAUUAUAACCCUUCGAAAAUGAAAUGAAAUGAAAAAAAGACCAGUAUUUCAUAUUGGCAAUUGUUAGCUGAUCAUUUCAAAAUAUAUGCGAUGAUCUAUUAUGGUGAUGUUAUCAUGGUUAUAGUGACAUGGCAAAUAGAAGGGAUUUUUUUGCAAUUUGUGUAAUCUGUAAAUGUUUGUAGUGUUAUCGUGCAUACGCCUUGUAUAUGUAAAAUUUCAUUUGUAUUGCUAUAAUCCUCAAGAAAGUGACCAAAAGAUGACUACAACAAUUUGAGUAACUACGGGGGUCACGUGCCCUCCAAUCAGCUGGCAAAACAAAAAAAAUUUUGCUUAGGCCCUAAGUGUUCAUCACUCCUUGUGCUUGCAUUGUCUGUUAAUGAGAUAAAUAAUCCACUUCGAGGGAAUAAAUGGUACAAAAACAUUCUUCAAGUCAAUAUACACGAAACAUAUAUAUCUUCGAGCUUUUAUUAUUUCAUCGAAGAUAUGAUUUGCAUUGUUUUCUUCUGCAUUCAUAACAUUCGUGUAUAGGCAUUGCAGUUUACUUUAUAAAUCCUUUGUAGAAAAUAUAAAUAUACUAGAUAUUUGUAAGAAAUAUAGUACCCCGUACUUGAUCCAGAAAAUAUACCCAUUAAGUCGAUUUGACAUUUUCCGCAACUAGAAAUGUUCUUUCCAAUUGUUCUUUCCAUUGGAAAUGUUCUUUCCAAUGAAGUUUUUUUUCUGUAUUUGUGUUUGCAUGGGGUCCUAGAACAUAUUCAGCUUGGUUGCCCAAACGGCAACUUUGCUAAUUUGCAUAAAUCGAAAAUGGCCGCCAAAUAUACAACUUAACUGAAAACUGAACUUUGAACCCCUUGCCACAGGAUGGUGAGGAAUACUCAUUUUAAGGGUUCGGGGGGAUAUGAAGUAUCCACUUCUAUUAUCAUUUUUGCCAUAUAUAUGGUGAUCUUCAGGCCAAAUUCAAGAUGGCCGCCAGACGCCAUCUUGAAAAAUUAGAUUUGAGCCCAGAAUGAUGAAUAAUAACAAUUUUAAGGAGUUUCGGGUGUGUAGAAUCCGUAUAUGUUACCUAUUUGCAAUAUGAGGUCAUCUUCUGGUUAAAUCGUAGAUGACCGCCAUCUUGAGAAAUUAAUUUUUGAAACCUUGCCCCAGAAUAAUGAGAAAUACCUUGAUGACUACGACCAGUGGCAUAACUACAUGUACGGGGGCAUGUGCCCCCAAUCGGCUGCCAAAAUAAAACGGGGGGAAGGACAAAAAGAGAGAGAAAGAGAAAUGUAGUAGAGAAGAAGAAAAAAUAAUGUAUAUUAUAUGUUAUAUUACAUAAGAAAUAUUUUUUCAUAACUUUAUGAAACAAAAUUUGCUUAGGGCCAAUGUGUUCAUCACUCCUGGCGCUCGCAUUUUCUCUUUAAUGAGAUAGAUUAUCCAGUUCAAGGGACUGAAUGAUACUUAUUGUAUAACAUUCCGUUUUCAAGUCAAUAUACA